GGAAAGAAAGUAUUGCACUGGGAGAAAACUGGAUCACGAUCAUCAAAGUGUAUGAGAUGUUGUGUCUCAACUGGCGACAUAAAUGAAUGCUUGAUGGUGUUCGUUGCGUCGUGCCUUGGUUGAACGACAAAAUGAUCGGUGAGCGCGUCUCUUUGCAGUAUUGUGUCUUGCAGUUCUAAUGCAUGAAGAUGAUAGUCGUCACUCUUUUUGCUGAAAUGAGCAAAAUUAUUGUAGCGCAAUCCGUUUGUUGGACGUGAAGAUCAGAUGGUUAAGGAAAUCGAUUAAAUGAUUAUGUUUUUGUGAUGUCGCAGGAUGUAGUCUUUGUUAUGUUUCGUCCACCAUGCACGACGAACGGAACCCAUAAUACAAAAAUGAAUAGAUUUUCUGCGAAAGAGGUUGAUGACAUUGGUCUGUGUUAAGUAGUUUUGUUCAGCGGUAGAGAACUAUGGACUAGCUUUUCUUCUGUAAGCGGCUCCAAUUUUUAGUUCGCGGUUCGCCUUCAUCUCUUUGUCUUCGUUUCGGUUUUCUUUGUCACUAGAUUCCUUUGGAGAAGCCUCUUGAGAUUAAUUGUCUUUUUUUUGGAUGCGCGUCUAUGAAAAAGAAUAUAAUGGUUGUCCUCACGUCGUGUUCUGUGCAGUUUAGCUAGUUUGCGGCGAGAGCGCAGUGGCUUCUCUGGUGCUGGUGGGAAACAGCAGCACACAUACCGCGAAGCCACGUCAGCGGGCAACGUGGGCUCGGUGCGCAAGCGAUUGGUUCGAGUCGUACUGCGAAAAUAUUCGCUUUGCAUUUAAUAAUCCCGAUUGAUUAUUUAUAUCGGCCGAUUUCUCUAUUUUGGGGACAAGUGUGCUUCGACAGCAGCACCUGACUACACGAUAAGAUGGCGAUGACUGAUAGACUCGCGAUAGGCGACGCCGACCAGAUGAUGCAGCUGGCGGUGAACGAGAGCAACUCGAAGCAAAUCGAGACCGCAGACAAGAUGCGAAAAACUCGAUUUGCCCCAGUUGCAAGACAAAAAGGGAAUAGGUAUGAAUCCAAUUUCAAAUACAUCAGAGCAGCUAGGCUGCUUACUCUUUUUGUCGUCCUUGCGUAGAGUUGCUGUACUAUGGAUAGUAGAACAGUUACAUUAAAUAAACAACACGCUGAUACUAGACAAUCAAGAGGAAGGCUUUUUUUUCAAAUUUUCAAAUGGUUCCAGGUGGGGCAGUGCCGAAGAUAAACCGUACAAACCACUACCAUACAUCGACAUGCCGAUCGGCCUUUCGGAUAAAGAAGUAGACCAGUUUUUGAGAGAGCAGAGGCUGGAAGAGCUCACAGAUAAAAUUAGGCGAAACAUCCUGGAGGACGUCGAGCCUGAUAUUCGUCCACCAAGUCCACCACCGGUCUACGAUAGGAUGGGAAACCGUAUUAACACGCGUGACGUGCGAAUUCGAAAAAACAUGCUCAACGAGCAAAACAGGCUUGUCAGGUACUUACCUUUCUGUUGUUCAACUACAUUGUACACAACAAGUCAGUAGAACAGAUGUUGUGCUCUUGGUUUUUCUCAUUGAACGACUCAACAACAUGAAAACAAUUUGACAAUAAAUCACGUUGACGUGUAUCAAAUUUAUCAGGUAUAUGCAGAAGAACGUCCCAGGAUACGUUCCGCCGCCAGACUUCAGGCCACAGAAAUUAGCGAAGAAGCUUAUUAUUCCAGUCGAGAAAUACCCUAACGCGCCUUUUGUGCCAGUGAUCCUGGGUGCUCGAGGAGCAAAUCAUAAGAAAUUGCAGGAAAUUACAGGCUGCAAGAUUAUGAUUCGCGGACGAGGAAUGGAGGAGAAAUACCAAUCGGUAUUUUUCGACAUAGACUUAAACUUCCUUGUGUUUUGUGACCGCAAUAAAGCAAAAGUCGCGACCAAAUCCGAAACGAAUCGCAUCACUUUUUACCUUGUAGCAAAGUAUAAUCAAGUUUUUCUAUCUGCUCCAUCUCGAAACACCAUCAUAACAGGAGGAAGAUAGUGGUUUGCCAUUGCACGUGCAUAUUGAGGCCGACCACGAGGAGCAGAUUGAGUGCGCCGAUAAGCUGAUCGUUCCACUUUUAAAUCCUGACACGGAGGAUUUCGCCAGAGCACAGCAGAUUGGUCUAGAGUCGCUAGCUAAGGUGAACGGUUUCACCGUCGCCCUGCACGAGCGAAAAUGCGGCAUUUGCGGAGCGACGGGGCACACCGGCUUCGAGUGUCCGGAGAACGAAGGCGGCACCGGAUGGAAAAUGGCGAACGUUGUUUGCGCAAUUUGCGGCGACCGAGGUCACGUUACUUCCGAUUGUCCACAGGCAGCACGGGAUCGCGUGGAGACGAACGUCAACUGGAAGGCGGAGGCGGCCAAGAAGAUGGAGGCAGAUCGAUUGUACAAGGAAAUGAUGUCAGAUUUUGGCGAAGACCUCACGUGCAAGCCAGUGCCUGGACAGGAAAAGAGCAUGGGUCCAAGACCUGGACUCGGGUAUCUCAUCUUAGUGUCAACUUAUACUGGGAAUCGCUUUUCUCGAUCUACUCUCAGAUAAAAGUUUCCAAGACCAAGUACUCUGGCUGCUUGGUUCAGUGCAUUAUUAUGUAUGAGCAGUACUCUCAUAAUUUAUUACAGGUCAGAAGCAUAUGGCGCAACAGGUGGAAAUCCUGGUCCGCGAAAUCCAAAUCUGAGGGAAAUGGAGGAUGCUUCAGGCGUGGAAGACUAUGUUGUGGAUAUUGGAACGAGAAUACCAGAGGAUAUUUGCGGCUUCUUUGUCGGAGCUAAGGGUGUGAACAUCCUGCGUCUGAAGGCGGAAGCGCAGUGCGAAAUCAGUCUUGAACAGUACCCAGAAUUACAUUGAAUUUGGACUUUCGUGUUCUUCUUUGUUUUACAUGUUUUGUGAAAACAAGCUACAUGUUUACAGGACAGCGAGUAGAAGAGGAAGUUGUAGCAUCCAAAAAUUUUCAGUAAAUAACAAUAACAUGAUAUCUGUGACCAACAAUCUUUUCGUUUUCUACACAGGCGGUUUGUGAAUCCUGACGGCACGAAAAAUAUUCGAAUAACCGGGCACCUGGAACAGCGCGAAAGGGCAAAGCAGCUCGUUAUGCAGGAAAUCGAGAAAGCGAGACAAAAACGACAGCAUGCAGACGCGCAAAAGGGCGCGCGAAAGGGACCAUACACAGAUGCGGUGAAUGCGGCAAUGAAGGGCCAGUCAUAUGGUGGAGCCGGUGGACAAAAUUACGGUGGCGGCUACAAGGGGAACAAGGGUGGUGCCGGAGCGGGCGGGUAUGGAGGCUACGGCGGCAUGGCCUACGGCGCACAGUUUGGCGCAGGCGCGUUUCCAGGUGGCAACAUGCAAUGGGGGAUGCAGGGCUAUGGAGCAGGCAUGCAACAAGGAGGCUUUCCCCCAUACGCGAUGAAUCAAGCAGCGAUGAUGCAGCAGGGCUUUGGUGGAGGACAGUUUUGAUAGUGAUAUUCAGGUCUCUUGCUCGGCAGACAGUCACAGUGGCAGUCCUGCGCGAACAUUGGGGAGAGACUUGAAAUUCUCAUGUUGGAAGAGAACGCAUUUUCUUCGUUAUUGCUGUCGCAUCUUCACUCGCAAAGACAUGAAGCACUGACGCUAGGAUCAUCAAGCCAUGAACACCAAGCGCUGGACUUUUUUCUAGAAAGAUGUUAGGGUGACGCUACCAUGAAGGAUCUCGAACUUGUUUCACACUGUCGCGUUAAAAAUGUUGAUCCACUUUCAUUGAAUCAAUUGACUUUCACCCCACACCUAAAGAGUAAGCAGCCCGUUUUCUCGUCAGACACCAGCUUUUGAGGCCUCCUAAGUAAUCCCAGGUUAAUGCUGAGCGCCCAACUCACAUUGAAUGGCUAAAAAACGAAUGUGUAUGAUUAGAAAAACAAGCAAGUACCAAUACCAGCUCCAUAUACAACAUGUGUGUGAGGACCCAGUCUUCCUGGGAAAAAAUGACAUCUUCAUGUUUGGAAAGCACACAACACUCUGAU